CAAACUGGGCUGGACUUAAUUGUGAUAAAUGCAGUUUUACUUGUGAAAACGGUGGUACAGUAAAUAAGAUGUGUAAUGGGUGUAACUGCAUUGGAAACUGGACUGGACAAAAAUGUGGUAACUGCAGUCUGACUUGUGAAAACGGUGGUACAGCAAAUCAGGUGUGUUAUGGAUGUAAUUGCAUUGGAAACUGGACUGGACCUAAAUGUGAUAAAUGCAGUUUGACUUGUGAAAACGGUGGUACAGCAAAUCAAAUGUGUUAUGGAUGUAACUGCACUGGAAACUGGUCUGGAACUAAUUGUGAUGAAUGCAGUUUGACUUGUGAAAACGGUGGUACAGCAAAUCAAAUGUGCAAUGCAUGUAAUUGUACUGGACACUGGACUGGACCUAAAUGUGAUGAAUGCAGUUUGACUUGUGAAAACGAUGGUACAGUAAAUCAAAUGUGUAAUGGAUGUAACUGUAUUGGAAACUGGACUGGACCUAAAUGUGAUGAAUGCAGUUUGACUUGUGAAAACGGUGGUACAGCAAAUCAAAUGUGCAAUGCAUGUAAUUGUAUUGGAAACUGGACUGGACCUAAAUGUGGUGAAUGCAGUUUGACUUGUGAAAACGGUGUUACAGCAAACAGAAUGUGUAAUGGGUGUAACUGUACUGGACAAUGGACUGGACCUCAGUGUGAUAAAUGCAGUUUGACUUGUGAAAAAGGUGGUACAGUAAAUCAGAUGUGUAAUGGAUGUAAUUGUAUUGGAAACUGGACUGGACCUAAAUGUGACCGAUGUGGAUUGGAAUGUAGCCAUGGUGGAUCUCCAGAUCGUGAAUGCACGUCGUGCAAGUGUGUCGCGGAGUGGACAGGAGAUGCAUGCGAAAAUUGUAACUUAACCUGUCAAAAUGGUGGUUCUGCAAACGCUGCAUGCCAUGGAUGUCUUUGUACUGACAAAUGGACUGGACCUACAUGUGAGAACGCCACGACCAGUCUCGAUAACAUGACAGCAGUCUUAGCAGCAGACCAAUCGUCGCGCGCGUGGCUUAGCGUGGGACUAUCUGGUCUGUUCCUGGUCACUAUUCUGCUGCUCGUCGGCGUGGGAUGCAACAGAAUAAGACGAAUCAAACGAAGAAUGCAUAAAGGCAAUCUGAACUUGGGAUUUGAUAUGACAGAACUGCCCAAUGAGCCCGGACCUUUUAUAGUGGGCCAGGUGGAAACAACACAGCAGUUCACACAAUAUCUACAGGGGCUGGUCAGCACGUUUUAUAAUAGAACAGAACCAACAGCCCAAACCAACAUAGUUAGAAACCAUACAGAUUGAAACCACAGAUAUUGAAACCACACAGACUGAAACGGCAGAAAUACUGUAAAGAUGAAAACCACAUAGAUGGAAACCAUAGAGACAAAAUCCACCCAUAUAUUUAUGUCACAGGUAGAAAUCACAUAAAUAGGAACCACCGAACCACAUAUGUAGAAACCACAGAGAUACAAACCACACAAUUAGAAACCACAUAGAAAUCACACAGAUGUGUAUGGAAUAUCUAAGUCACAGGUAGAAACCACAUAAACAGGAACCACAUAGGUAGAAACCACACAGAUGCAAACCACACAAUUAGAAACCACAUAGAAAUCACACAGAUGUUUAUGGAAUAUCUACAGUAUCUGAUCAGCAUUUAUUAUAGUACCGCAGAUAGAACCUACACCAACAUAGACCAAACGAUGGAGGACAUAUAGCCAGAAAAAAAAACAUUUAUUAUAGUACCGCAGAUAGAACCUACACCAACAUAGACCAAACGAUGGAGGACAUAUAGCCAGAAAAAACACAUUUAUUAUAGUACCGCAGAUAGAACCUACACCAACAUAGACCAAACGAUGGAGGACAUAUAGCCAGAAAAAAACACAUUUAUUAUAGUACAGCAGAUAGAACCUACACCAUCAUAGACCAAACGAUGGAGGCCACAUAGCCAGAGAAAACCAUACGGACAAAAUAGCACACAAGAAUUCACAGGGACAAAAAGCACAGAUUGAAAUCGCAAACACAGAACCACAGAAAACCCCCAGAAAAAAACAUAAGAUGGAAACCAAACUGACCGAAACUAUACAGAAUGAAACAGACAUAUGUAAAGGACACAUAUGAGAAUCACACAGAUGGAAACCAUACAGAUAAAACCACGCCGAUUGAAACCCUAAAUCAAAUGUAAAUGAAGCAAUUCGUUUUAAUGGAAUAAAUUCUUUUAAAAAAACCUAUAAUAAUAAUAAUAAUAAUAAUAAUAAAGUAGGACAUCUAAGAUGCAGACGGACGUAAAUAAAUGAAUUGUCGAUAUGAAAGUAUUUGUAGAAGUCAAAUUCUAUAAAUACAUCGUAAAUGUUUGUUAAAAUAUAUACCAGCAUGCUAGAAAUACAUUAUUGUUUAAUACUGUCAUAUCUGGCAGAGACAAAUGGAGGUUUCUCUAGGCAGGAGUGGAAAGCUUAAACAUGGCACCUAUGUCAUAUCUGGCAGAGACAAAUGGAGGUUUCUCUAGGCAGGAGUGGAAAGCUUAAACAUGGCACCUAUGUCAUAUCUGGCAGAGACAAAUGGAGGUUUCUCUAGGCAGGAGUGGAAAGCUUAAACAUGGCACCUAUGUCAUAUCUGGCAGAGACAAAUGGAGGUUUCUCUAGGCAGGAGUGGAAAGCUUAAACAUGGCACCUAUGUCAUAUCUGGCAGAGACAAAUGGAGGUUUCUCUAGGCAGGAGUGGAAAGCUUAAACAUGGCACCUAUGUCAUAUCUGGCAGAGCCAAAUGGAGGUUUCUCUAGGCAGGAGUGGAAAGCUUAAACAUGGCACCUAUGUCAUAUCUGGCAGAGACAAAUGGAGGUUUCUCUAGGCAGGAGUGGAAAGCUUAAACAUGGCACCUAUGUCAUAUCUGGCAGAGACAAAUGGAGGUUUCUCUAGGCAGGAGUGGAAAGCUUAAACAUGGCACCUAUGUCAUAUCUGGCAGAGACAAAUGGAGGUUUCUCUAGGCAGGAGUGGAAAGCUUAAACAUGGCACCUAUGUCAUAUCUGGCAGAGACAAAUGGAGGUUUCUCUAGGCAGGAGUGGAAAGCUUAAACAUGGCACCUAUGUCAUAUCUGGCAGAGACAAAUGGAGGUUUCUCUAGGCAGGAGUGGAAAGCUUAAACAUGGCACCUAUGUCAUAUCUGGCAGAGACAAAUGGAGGUUUCUCUAGGCAGGAGUGGAAAGCUUAAACAUGGCACCUAUGUCAUAUCUGGCAGAGACAAAUGGAGGUUUCUCUAGGCAGGAGUGGAAAGCUUAAACAUGGCACCUAUGUCAUAUCUGGCAGAGACAAAUGGAGGUUUCUCUAGGCAGGAGUGGAAAGCUUAAACAUGGCACCUAUGUCAUAUCUGGCAGAGACAAAUGGAGGUUUCUCUAGGCAGGAGUGGAAAGCUUAAACAUGGCACCUAUGUCAUAUCUGGCAGAGACAAAUGGAGGUUUCUCUAGGCAGGAGUGGAAAGCUUAAACAUGGCACCUAUGUCAUAUCUGGCAGAGCCAAAUGGAGGUUUCUCUAGGCAGGAGUGGAAAGCUUAAACAUGGCACCUAUGUCAUAUCUGGCAGAGACAAAUGGAGGUUUCUCUAGGCAGGAGUGGAAAGCUUAAACAUGGCACCUAUGUCAUAUCUGGCAGAGACAAAUGGAGGUUUCUCUAGGCAGGAGUGGAAAGCUUAAACAUGGCACCUAUGUCAUAUCUGGCAGAGACAAAUGGAGGUUUCUCUAGGCAGGAGUGGAAAGCUUAAACAUGGCACCUAUGUCAUAUCUGGCAGAGACAAAUGGAGGUUUCUCUAGGCAGGAGUGGAAAGCUUAAACAUGGCACCUAUGUCAUAUCUGGCAGAGACAAAUGGAGGUUUCUCUAGGCAGGAGUGGAAAGCUUAAACAUGGCAC